CACAAUGGGAAGUCUGUGAUGUGAGACCCUGGAAACAACAAAUCAACAUGUCCAUCACUGUCAACCUGAAGAAGAUUACCAACCUGCCAGGAAAAUAUGAUCGCAAAGUAGAGUUGUCCUUCAGAGGUUUCACACAUAAAUCCAGGAUCCUGCAGUGCUCAAAUGUGGCCAUCUUUAAUGAGCACUUCAGGUGGCCGCACUAUGGGAAGGUCAUUAAGGAUGAAAUGCUGUCCAUCAGCAUUUACAACUGCAGCAAAGUCUUCAGCAACAGACUCCUGGGGAGGCUGAUCAUUAGUCUACAGCAUGUGGUGUCAUCUGGGAGACUGUUACUGCGGGAGCCUCUGACUGACAGUAACUACAGCCUGACAGAUAUGUACAUUGAGCUGGACGUGCGGUAUCACCCGGUGCAGGGUGCGGCUGGGGGCUGGGAGGGUGAGGAGUUCCUGGACAUAGAGGACAGUGAUGACUCUGGACUUGUCAUUAGGAAUUCUGGUUUCUCUGAACCGGGCUCCAAACAGAACGUACGACCAGAGCGCUUGGACCGAGAGACCAGGAAGAUCGGACGCAGUCUCAUACGAACUGGAACAGAGGAUGAGGAUGAGUAUGACGAUGAUGAUGAUGAUGAUUACGACAUGGAGGAUAUGGAGUGCGCCAACAUCACAUUCACUCCGAUUCUCAGUCGCUGCAGGCCUCUGUCUAACUACGAGCUGGCCUCCAUGCCAAAGGUGCAGUCCUUCCAGGUGAAUAUUAAUGUGGUGGAGGCUCAGAAGCUGAUAGGGGUGAACAUCAACCCCGCUGUGUACAUCACCGUGGGAGAUGAGAAGAGGCACACGGCCACACAAAAAUCCACCAACUGCCCCUUCUACAAUGAGAACUUCAUGUUUGAGUUCCAGGAGACGCAGGCGGUUCUGUUUGACAAAGUUAUUGAAAUAACGGUUGUCCAUAAGAAGAUGCUGGCGUUCAUGAUGACCCGGAUCGGGACCUUCAAGAUUGACAUCAGCACGGUGUACAGUCAGCCAGAUCACCGGUUCUAUCAGAAGUGGGCGCCCCUGACAGACCCCAAAGACACACGGUCAGGGGUGAAAGGUUAUGUGAAGUGCACGGUCAGCGUGGUGAUGAAGGGUGAUGCCAUGGGCAUCCCCAGCAUCCCGAAUGUGGGCAGCCAGAACGACGACAUCGAAAAGAAUCUGCUCCUUCCCAAGCGGAUGCCGGUGGAGAGACCUUGGGCCAAGUUCCUUGUGAAGGUGUUCAAGGCUGAGGACCUGCCCAGUAUGAACGCGGGCUUCUUGGGCGGCUUCUCCAAGAUGAUGGGCGAUAAGAAGGUGUUCAUUGACCCCUACGUGCAGGUCACCUUUGCCGGCCAGCAGGGAGAGACAUCAGUAGCGAACAGCACCAACACUCCCGAGUGGAACGAGCAGAUCUCCUUCAUUGAGCAGUUUCCCCCUCUCACGCGCCGGAUCAAGGUUCAGAUCCUUGACGAUGCCAGCUUUGGAGACAUCGCCUUGGUGACACAUUUCCUGGACCUGCAGCAGAUCUCUGACCCCAACAGGAAUGGGUUCCACCCCACAUUCGGCCCCUCCUGGAUCAACCUGUACGGGUCGCCGCGGAAUUCGACUCUCCACGACGUGCACCGCGACCUGAAUGAGGGCCUGGGCCCCGGGAUCUUCUACCGGGGCCGGAUCUUGCUCUCUCUGGCCGUGGAGGUGUACACCUCCCCCACCGCCGCGGUGGAGAACAAAGCCUCAGCUGCCAUCAAGGGAGCGCUCAGCAAGCUCUCCCUGAAGAAGAAGAGCCGGAAGUCCAAGGAGAAGAAGGGCCGAGAUGCAGAGCCAGGUCACAGUGGGCCCAGUGAGGAGACAGAGGACGCGAGUUCGGAGGUUCCGGGUGCUGUGACUGUAGAGGUGGAGGAGGUCCACCCUCUCCCAGAGAAUUUCUUGGGCCAGAAGGAGGAGUAUUUGCUCUUUGCGUCUCUCUUCGAAGUGACCAUGAUCGACCCAUCCAUUGGCUCAAAACUGGUCACUUUUGAGCUGUCUAUUGGGAAUUAUGGGAAGGCAGCCGAUGUUGUGGUGAAACCAAAGAAGGGUGGGGCCAGAGAGGAGCGGGCGGAAGAGAGGCAGUCACUGUUGGACGCAUCGGACGAUGAGCUGGAGAGGGAAGAUGUUCCUGUGCAGGGAUCACAGAACAAGUCUAUGACCACACCCAGGAGACCACAGGCCACCGAGUACGACAGAUCCUUCAACUGCAUCCCCAUGUUGGGUGAGAAGCCUUGUCUCUAUGUGUGGAACUACUUUGAGGACCACAACUUCCGCCUCUACAACUCCAACUGGCUCUCCAAGAUGGCUGACCGGCUGGAAUACGGGAUUGAUGAGGUGGAGAAGUUGCUGAAGAGGCCCAGGAGUAUGGCUAAGGAGAGGCUGGUGGAGGUGCUCCUGGAGUUUGUAGCCAGCUGCAAGCAGUAUAGCUCCAACAUAGAUAAGAAGACAGUGAGUCGGCCCAACAGCCUAGACAAAAGCCGGAAAGCCUUUAUUAAGAAGAACAUUAUACUUUUUUCCAAACAAGCCCUUCGUGUCAGGCGUAAGAUCACCAGGCGCUCCGCCAAGGAGAAGCUGGCAGACACAAAGAAACUCCUGAAGAGGGUCCGAUUCCUGGCCAAAGAGCCCCAGAGCACCCUGCCUGACGUCUUUCUGUGGAUGAUGAGCGGGGGCAAGCGUGUGGCCUACGCCAGGAUUCCCGCUCACUCCAUCAUCUUCUCCCUGGUGGAGGAGGAGAAGGGCAAAGACUGCGGGAAGCUCACCACCAUCUACAUGAAGACCCCAGGUGGGCCCUUGGGAGAGAUCUUUGCCAAGCUGGAGGUGUACCUGUGGCUGGGCAUCACCAAGUACGCCAAAAACAGUGUGAACAGCCUGCCGGAGGAGUUCAAACCCCUGUACGAGGAGGCCACAGCCAGCACCCCCAUACCCAUCAACAUGCCCCCCUCUAAGCUGUCCUGUGAGGACAGUCGGUACUUCCAGCUGCGGGCUCACAUUUACCAGGCUCGAGGGAUCAUUGCUGCCGACGACAAUGGCCUGUCUGACCCUUAUGCCAGGGUGGUGUUCUCCACACAGUCCCAGGCAACCCGGGUGAUGGAGGAGACUCUCUCUCCAACCUGGAGUCAGCUGCUGCUGUUCCAUCAGAUCCUCAUAGAGGGCAGUAAGGAGGACCUGCGGAACGACCCGCCCAUCAUCAUCAUCUACAUCUAUGACUAUGACAAAAUCGGCAGCCCACAGGCUCUGGGGCGUGCGUUUGCAGAGCCAGAGCUGAAGUUUGUGGAGGAGGCGUACAAGAAGCCGGCGCUGCAGUUCUUUGACAUCCGCAGAGGGAAGACCCCAGCCGGGGAGCUUCUGGCUGCAUUUGAGCUGAUGGAGCUGGACUACAGGGGCUAUGGAGAGCCCGCUCUGCCCCAAGACGUGGACCCUCGAGAGCCCCAGUUCCUGCCGGAGGAGAGGUACUAUGUUAUCCCCCAGGGGGUGCGGCCCGUGCUGAGGAAUUUCCGAAUCGAGGUUCUGUACUGGGGGGUGCGGGACCUGAAACGGGUGAACCUGUUCGAGGUGGAGAAGCCGCAGGUGAGGAUGGAAUGCGCGGGGCAGAUGAUCGAGUCGGAGGAAAUCGAAAGCUACCGGCUCAACCCCAAUUUCACGGAGAUGGUCAAGCACUUCGACGUGGAGCUGCCGGAGCUGGUGUACCUCCACCCUCCUCUCACCAUAUUUGUGAUGGAGCAGCGUGCGUUCGGCCGCCUGGUGCUGGUGGGCACUCACGUGGUGCAGAGCCUCAUGCAGUUCGCCCCCAAAAACCUGGACGAGUGGAAAGAGGAAGAGGAAGAGCCCGAGCCCCAGGAUAAAAAACCUCCAAAGAAAACAACAGCUUUGAACACUGUGAUGAGCAUGGACCUGGGAGGACUGCCACUCAAGGACACAAAGAUCCUCAUCAACCCCAUCAACCUGGUCACUGCUCCAAUAAAGAAGGGGCUGCUGAAGGUGGAGGAGCUAGAGGAGGAGGAGCCAGAGCAGGAGGAGCUUGAUUGGUGGUCUAAGUACUACGCUUCAGUGGCAGAAAUGGAGAAACAGAAUGAGGAAGAGGAGGACGCUGAAGAGCAGCAGGAAGGAGAAGGAGGGCUCGAGGCGGAGGAAGAUGACGCCGUGCUGGUCGAAAUCGAGCCCCCUCCCAAACCGAAGAGAAAGAAGGUCGCCACUCUGGAGCUCUACUCCUCCGAGCUGGAGAACGAGUUUAAAGACUUCAUGGACUGGCUUCACACCUUCCCCAUCUACAAAGGCAAGUCUAACGUUGAUGACGAAGAUGACGACGAUGAUGAGCGCACUAUGGGGAAAUACAAGGGCUCAUUUUUAAUUUACCCCAUCUCCAAAGAAGACGAAGACGCCGAGUGCCAGAUCACAAACGGAAUCCCCAAAAACCUUCCCAUCAAAGUCCUGGUGAGAGUGUACAUGAUAAAGGCCACCAACCUGGCGCCCACAGACCCCAACGGCAAAGCAGACCCGUAUGUGGUGGUGAAGGUGGGGGCGCAGCAGAUGGACAGUAAGGAGCGCUACAUCCCCAAGCAGCUCAACCCCGUGUUCGGAGAAGUCUUCGAGCUGACCGUUUCCUUCCCGUUGGAGACCGAGCUCACGCUGACUGUGUUCGAUCACGAUUUGGUGGGGUCCGACGACAUGAUCGGAGAAACCCGCAUCGAUCUGGAGAACCGCUUCUACAGCAGACACCGCGCUGGGUGCGGCAUCGCCCUGUACUACGACAAAGACGGCUACAAUAAGUGGAGAGACGCCAAAAAGCCGUCCGCCAUCCUGGCUGACCUCUGUCGGAAGAACGGCAUCCCCUCACCAGAGUACCGUCUGUCCGAAGUCAAAGUCCUCAACAAGAUAUUCAAAAUUCCCUGCGAGGCCUUUCCCGAGGAGCUGGUGAAGAAGAAUAAGAAGACGGAGGAGGACGAGGCGGAGCUGGAGGAGCACAAGGCCCUGAGCGUGCUGCGGCGCUGGGGGGACAUGAGGGAGUUCAGCGAGGGCGCGUACCCCCUGGUGCCCGAGCACGUGGAGGUGCGCUCGCUGAUGAACCCCGAGAAACCGGGCCUGCCCCAGGGCUACGCCCACAUGUGGAUCGACAUGUUCCCUGUCGACGUGCCCGCACCGCCGCCCAUCAACAUCAAGCCCCGCCUCCCCAUGAGCUACGAGCUGCGUGUAAUCAUAUGGAACGCGGAUGAUGUUGUGUUGGACGAUGUCAAUCCCUUCACUGGAGCGGUGUCUAGUGACAUUUACGUAAAAGGCUGGAUCAAAGGUUUGGAGGGCCAGCGGCAGGAAACGGAUGUGCACUUUAACUCCCUGACUGGAGAGGGCAACUUCAACUGGCGAUUCGUCUUCCGCUUUGAAUACCUGCCCACGGAGAAGGAGAUCACCUACAAGAAGAAGGAGUCCAUCUUCUCCCUGGAGGAGUCCGAGUUCCGCCAGCCCGCCGUGCUGGUGCUGCAGGUCUGGGACUACGACCGCAUCGGCUCCAACGACUUCCUGGGCUCCAUAGAGCUGCGUCUGAACGACAUGGUCCGAGCCGCCAAGUCCUCGGGCCAGUGCAACGUGAGGAUGGCGAAGGACCGGGCGACGCCGCGCUUCUCCAUCUUCCGCAGCAAGCGCAUGAAGGGCUGGUGGCCCCUCAUCAAGCUCAAGAGCCAGGAGGACAUCGAGCGCGAGGAGCGCGAGGCAGAGGAGGCCAAGAAGAACAAGAAGAAGAAGAAGAAAAAGAAGAGCAAGCGCAGCCAGAUGAAGCCGGAGGACCUCCAGUUCGUGGACUCCAGCGGGAACACUUAUCUCCUGAUGGGGAAAGUGGAGGCUGAGUUUCAGCUGCUGUCAGCAGAGGACGCGGAUAACAACCCAGUGGGCCUGGCGCGCAAAGAGCCGGAACCACUCGACAAACCCAAUCGCCCCAAGACCUCUUUCAACUGGUUUGUGAACCCACUGAAAACCUUCAUCUUCUUCAUCUGGAAGAAAUAUAAGAAGUACAUCAUCGCCCUGUUGGUGUUGGCAAUAUUGACCAUAUUCCUUGUCCUAAUCCUGUACACACUUCCCGGACAGAUCAGCCAGCUGAUCGUUAACGGCUGAUCCUCACGGACGAGCCGCUGCUCUUUCAUUCCAUUUCAUUUUUAUUUCCUUUCACUCGCUUUUCUAUUUUGACACAAAUCUGCCUCUGGACAGUAGGCCAGCAGGGGCUCCUCCGUCAGACCGCUGGAACAAAAUCCCUGGAACAAAAAGCAGCAAUCAAACUGCUGCGAUUAUUUUCAUCUGUCCUAAUUGCUAUUAUUAUUAUGAACAAACCUAAAAGUGCUGGUUACACAGAAUGUAUGUACUGGAAUCAUUUUGAGGAUCACUGUAUAGUUAUUCCUUUUUUAAUUUGUUUUAUUAUAAUUGCAAAAGUAUUAAACGCUAACGAUAUAAAGAGUAUGUUGAAAGCCACUUGCAUCGCUGUAGCAGACCCACAGUGGUCUUCCUUGAGAAAUCAUACAAUUUUGUGCUGUCAAGUGUCACUAUUUCAAGGUAUAGUUUGACUGUGUGAUACAGCUAUCUGCACUGUCAUUGUUGUCUAAAGCUUAAUUCUUAGCCUGUGUGAUUGAAUUUGCUGCCAUAUUAAUUUAACCAUCGGAGCUGCUGGCUUUAGAUUUUAAGCAAAUGUUUCAUCAGUACAGGUGUAUUCUGCAUGCCUGUAAUAUAUACACACACAACGCAUGCUAUUUUCUGUUCAGUGUAGAUUUAUGCAUUUUAUGAAAUAUUUAUGAAGGCAUUAAAAGCAACUCAGUCAAAGGACUGUACAUGCUAAUUGGUAUUUAAAUGUAACAUUUUUGCAUGACUAUCACUCUUUACUGUGGUCUAACAACAAAAAAUACCAAUAAAACUUAUUUUAUGAUCAAGUGGCCACUCUGCUUUCGAAUGUAAGUGUGUUGAGUCUA